GUUGUUUGUUCCAGCGAGCACCAGCUGCUCGGCGCCCCGGGCUCCGCUGCUCCUGCCCGGCUCCGCUCCGCCGGCCUCCCCCCGCCCAACUUCGGCACCCUCCGCUCCCUCAUCUCCCAGCCCCCGGGACCGGGAAGGGGCAGAAGGAAUCGAGGGGAGGCGGGGGAGGAACAAAAAAAAAAAAAAAAAAAAGAAAAAAAAGGCACCGACAAUAACAGCCCCCUCCCCCUCCCCAUUCAAAACCACAAAAUAAACCCCAGGAAUAGAUGAACUACAAAUGAGAAAGAGGAAAAGAUGGAACUGCACAUCCUAGAGCACAGGCUCAGAGUGGCCAGCAUAGCCAAGGAGAACAUCCAGUUGUUUACCUAUGGAUUAAUCAAACUUGCUUUCCUGUCCUCCAAGACGAGAUGCAAGUUCUUCAGCCUCACGGAAACCCCCGAGGACUACACCAUCAUUGUGGAUGAAGAGGGCUUCCUAGAGCUUCCUUCCUCGGAACACUUGAGCGUGGCUGAUGCGACAUGGCUUGCCCUCAACGUGGUAUCUGGUGGAGGUGGCUUCUCCAGCUCCCAGCCCAUUGGAGUGACCAAAAUUGCCAAGUCAGUAAUAGCACCUCUAGCUGACCAAAACAUCUCAGUGUUUAUGCUCUCCACCUAUCAGACGGACUUCAUCCUGGUGCGUGAGCGAGACCUGCCCUUCGUGAUGCACACGCUGGCUGCCGAGUUCACCAUCCUCAGAGUAGUGAAUGGGGAGACAGUGGCUGCUGAUGACUUUGGGAUAACAAAUGGAUUUGUCAAACCAAAACUAGUUCAGAGGUCUGUCAUUCAUCCCCUUUCCAGUCCGAGUAAUAUGUUCUGCGUCACCAGCCUGGAUCCAGAUACCCUGCCUACUGUUGCUACACUCCUAAUGGAUGUCAUGUUUUACUCCAAUGGAGUAAAAGACUCAGUGGUGGGCAACGAAGACUCGGGACAUAUUCGCUUUUUCUCCUUUUCUCUCAUCGAGGGUUAUAUCUCCUUGGUCAUGGAUGUGCAGACACAGCAGAGAUUUCCUAAUAAUUUGUUGUUUACAAGUGCUUCUGGUGAACUAUGGAAGAUGGUGCGGAUUGGUGGGCAGCCUCUUGGCUUCGAUGAAUGUGGAAUUGUUGCUCAGAUUUCUGAGCCUUUGGCCGCAGCCGACAUCCCAGCCUACUACAUCAGUACUUUUAAGUUUGAUCACGCAUUGGUACCUGAAGAAAAUAUAAAUGGUGUGGUCAAUGCACUCCAAGUCAGUCAAGCUGAAAAGCAUUAGAAAUGUUCUGAGCUGGUUCCAGAUGCUUUUUAUUAUUAUAAUAAUUAUUAUUAUUAUAAUUAUUAUUAUUCUUUUUUUCUGACAGUAUUUCUUGAAAAAUCUGAUUACAGAGAGUGACAUGAAAAGAGACUGUGGAAAGCUGAGCAGAAACAGCUCCAAUAAGCCUUUGUUUUAAUUAUUAUUAUUGUUAUUUUAUUAAAUUUAUGAAUGAGGGGAAGGAGGAAAGGGAGUUCAAGUGGUUUCCUGAUGUUCAGCUCCAAGGUGAAGUGUACCCUGCCUGUGUUCUCAGUGUGGAAGGAGCUGCCCGGGGUCCCUGUCUCUCCCCGUGGGUGCACUGGCUGAAAGCAGCAGGAUAGGCCGAGAGCAGAUGGACGGGCUGCUGGCUCAGAGAGCCCUGAAAACCAGAAACAAAAUGAAAUGUGGAAUUAAACAGAAAAGAUGUCACAUAGUGCUGGCUUGUCUCCUCGCAUCAGACUUUCUGAGGACUGUCCAUCACUACCUGUGUUGAGGUAGGAUGGGAAUUGGGUUCUGUUUCCCCUAACAGAACUCUUUGGUGUUGGAAAAGGGGAAAAUAUCCAGUUGUUUGACUUUUCCUCUUUUCCCUUCUCCCUGCAGUCAAAGCCUGGCUGCUCUGAGAAAGCCUGGAUGAGGGGAGAGCUGUUCUGGCCAGUUUCUGGCAGGUGGUGUCACCUAGACUUCUGUCUGCAUUGAAGCUUGGCUGAUUUUGCCCAGUUUCUCCCAGUCACCCUCUCACUGCUCCCAGCAUCCUCCUGCUGAGAGGAUGUCUCCUGUCUCCUGCUCCCAGACAGCUACUGUCCGCUUGCCCCAUAUUGGAGCCAUCCCUCAGCCCUUGUCCCCCAGGGCCGGCAGGAGGAGGGAGGUGUCUUUUCUCCUGUCCCCUCAGGCUUUUUCCUAUCCACUCUGUACAUGGGGACAAGAGGAUUGCCUGGGCUCCCUGGAGAUCUGCUCUUGCACACCACAGGCCACCUUGGCCAAGAGCCACAGCAGGUUGUACCCACCACGCCCAGAAAGGUGCCUGAGCCCUGUGGGGACCCUCCUGUAAGUUUUUCAUCAUCUCCUUCAUCUCCCAGGUGGAAAUCGCUGCUGGCUGGGGUCUUGAUCCAUGGGAUUUUCCACUGGGUUCAGUGUGCAGCCCUUUGAAAGUAGAAUGGUGCUGAAAAUGCCUAAAGUCUGAGGUGUUUCCAUCUGGUCCUGUCACAGGAAGGUGAUGGGGGCUUUUCCUGCUCUGGGGCAGCAGGAGUGUGUUUGUACCACAGGAGCCGCCCAUCAGGGCCUGUAGUGCCACCUGGCUCCGAGUUGUGCCUGCGGCUGCUCCCAGCACCAUGGAGGACAGUGAGGACCAGUGCCAGGAGAGCAAAUGUUGCUCAAGACAUGGAUGCCAACAGUCUGCCCUGUGUGUGACCAUGCAGCAAGGAGUGGUGAAAGGAGAAACCGUCUGCAGAGGACCCUUCUAUUGUGGUUAGCAGCCCCAGUAUAUCUUGCAUUUCUCAACUUCUUCCACUCCAGUCUUGACAUAAAGAAAUUGCAGAUCUUGCCUUUUUCCGGAGGGCUUUCCAGCCAUGCUUCAGAGACAGCCUCUUGCAGGAUUUUCCUGAGGCUGUGUGAACCAGGAUUUUGCAUUAAUCUGGAGGCAGUAAGUGAGCACCUGAGAUGGUGCCAUGGACAUGGCUUUUACUGUUGUGUAGGACACGGGCUUACAGCUUGCUGUUUAGUUCUCCAUUCACAGUGCUGGAGGCCUGAACUUAACAGUUAUGGUUUCUGAUGCUGCUGGACCCAGACAGUUUCGAAUCUGAUUUUUCAUCAGUGGGAUGUUGUGUGGCAGCUAGACAAGGAAUCAGAGUAUCCGUGGAAAAAAAUGUGAAUCACUCUCCUUGGUUGGCCCUACCUGAGCUAAAGCAUCCCUGCUGAGAAACAUGGAGGCACAUGUUCAGUGCUUUACCAAACAGAGUGCUUUGCUGUUCCUUUACAUGGGUUUUCAGAAUUGCCCCAUGAUAAGUUAUAUUCACUCCAGAUUUCUAGAGCAAAGUUGAUCCCAGAUGUGGCACUGUGCCUCUCUGGAUGUUUGCUUGGAAAGAUGUUUAAGUCUCCUGCCACAAGGACGCAGGCACAGGUGGUGCAGUGCAGUGUUUAAAGCACUCGGGGUGGGGGGGGGCUGCUGUGACUGCCCAGCAUCCUGGGCACAGAGCUGGGCUGGAGCAGGUGGCAAGGCAGGCAACAGCUUUUCAUCACAUACAUUGUCAGAAGGUUCCUCCUUGGGAUGGCAGAUUGGGGAGGAGAUGGGACUUUUUUUUUUUAAUUGAUGUACAGCUGUUGAGUUGCCAGUCAGGCUUUCUGGUCAUCUGAGUUGAGUCCGAAUUUUUCCUGUGUGCAUGAAUGGUGCCACCAUCAUAGGAUCACUGGGAUGGAGUAAUUUUUUUGCUCUGGGGUUUUGGCAAGCUUUGGAAAGUGCCAGUUUCAUCAUCAGAACCCUGUGCAAUGCUCUGCGUAUGCCAGUGCUGCUUCCAAAGGACCAUGAUGUGGAUGGGGAGGAAUUACUUGAAACAAGCAACAACUUUACUGAGCCUUAAGUGAAAGCAAAAAAAAUUGGUUUUAAUUUCCUUUUUCUAACAUUGCACUCAGGCACUUAGAGGCUGAUCUUUUUAAUUCAAAUUUUUCACUUUUUUUCCCAGGGAUGCCAGCCUUAAAUUUGUGAAAUCUGUAGAAGUCUUUGUGGUGUUUCAAACCUUCCCAAAACAGAUAGAUGUCCCAACAUGGGAAAGUUGGCCUGAAAAAUUCACAGGGUAUAAAAUGCCAUUGAGGGACUCUCUGACUCCACCAUCUUCUGGCACCAUCCUUGGCUUCACAUUUUUAUUUCCUUUUCUUGUUUUUCCUGACAUCCAAGAAGAUUGUUUUAGACAACUUGGGGUGGUUGAUGCUUGCCCUUUAUUGUUCCCUGCGUAUUUUUGCUGGUGGGAACUGAGAUACUCCAGAUGUGGUCAAAAUUAGUGGAACCUUGUCCCUGUGCCCUGGGAAGGGCAGGCCAGCCUGUAGUCAGGGUUGGUGCAAGCUUGCACAGCACUGGAUAAGACAGGAAGGGGUCUGUAGGGGCUUUAUUAAAAAAUUUCAUAGUAAUAAUACCACUACAGUAAUAACACCACAGUGUUCAGUGAGCCCAAAAUAGGCAGUCUUAAAGCUGCUCCACAGCUCCCACUCUCCUGGCACACAGUCUUUGGGGUGAGGAAAAGUGGAAGUCUUUUCCUUUUUUUAAAAUGCCUUAUGAUAAUAAGUCUGAGCAUCCCUGGGAUCGUGCUGUUCAACGCUGUGGAUAAAGGAGGAACGUCUCAGUUGGGACACCCUUCAUCUGGAUGCCUGCAUUACCUGUCAGCCCCCCACGCUGUCCCCCAGCAUCUCUGCUCAGCUCUCUGCAGAGUUCUACCUCUCUAUGGCGGCUGCUGCUGAUCACCUCAAUGCCACGGGACCCUCCCCAAGCCCUCUCUCCUCUCGUUUCACAAAAAUUCACCAAACAGCAAAAUGCAAAAGUUUUUCCAGUCCUGCAGGGAGAGGUGGGCAAGGGGGGGAAGCAUAGCCUUCCCACAUGCUCUGUCUUUCUCCAAGGCCUUUGUUUUCUUAGAAAUCUCAACUUUUCCAAGUUGCGUGUGUUACUAUGUAGGGUUUUGUCUUUUUCCCCUGCCCCAAUUAGAUUUUGGCUGCAAAUUCCUUUCUACUCUGUGUGUUCUUAUUAAUGUAUAAUGUUUCUAUAGAAAUCCUGAGUGUGUCUCUGUUGUACACAUAUAAAUACCCAUGUUUGUAUCCGUAGGGCUGUAUAUGGUGUGGGCACUCAAGCAAUAGGGGUUCAUAUAUAUAUAUACAGUGUGAGUAUGUGUGUAUACCUGGGGCACACACUCUGUUUGUGUGUGUAUCUAUGUAGUAAGUGAUGUAUACACUCAUUUAUUCACCAUAUAUUUUUAAUUCAGUUAAUGGGCAAUAUGAGUAUUAGUUCCGCUCUCAGGAUUUCUCUACAUGUGUUUCGUGCAGAGCAGCAGUGGAGCUGACCCAGAGCAAAGGUGGGGCUCCUCUGCUUGCUGUGAGCAGCAUCUGAUUUUCCUGCCUGCUUCAGAAACUCCCUGUUCCUCUCCAUUUUGGUGCCUCCAGCACAGAGACUGUAGGAAAGUUACUCCUUUUUCUUUCCAUGUUUUAGUUGCUGCCCUGAAUUGCCCCAGCCUGUAAGUAUGGCUGGUUCAUUUGCACAGUGCCUGCCCAGACCCUGGGCAGUGGGCCUUCCAGCUCCUGCAAGCACUGAGCAGGUGCCGGUGCCUCCCGCCUUCCCUUGGCCAAGAUGAGAGCUCCACCCAGGCCUUCUGCAUCCGGGGCUUUCGGGUGGCCUGCGUUAGGCACCGGCAUUCCCUCUCAGCUACUUUCCAGUGUCUCCGCAGAAGGCUGUGGGCAGGUAUGAGGUUUCCUGGUGGAUGUGUUUGCCAAGUGCUCACCAGGCAGAAGGCAGCCCAAGGCUAGUGUAGGGCUCUGGUAUUUAUUGAGGGGUUCACAUUUGUUGACCUGUGAGGGACUGAAAUCAGUGGGUUAUUUUUGAAUAGAUGGAAAUGCUGGAAGGUCUUUUCCUGUUGAAAGCAGGAGAGGCUGCUUGAAGCCAGUCGUUGGAAGUGCAUGAUCUUUGCAUCACUGGAGAUUUCUGCUGACCAGGAGUGCUGUAAGGGUCUGGGUAGGGAAAAGUUUUAACCCAAAACAUCCCCUAUUUUGCUAUUUCAGUUACACUUCACAGAAGGCAGUGCUCUAUCAUCUACCAACAGUCCUGGCUCACUGGGGAGGUCCCAGAUGAUUGGGUCACGCCAAUCCACAAAAAGGGCCGAAAGGAGGACCCGACAAACUACAGGCCCGUCAGCCUGACCUCAGUGCCUGGCAAGGUUAUGGAGCAGAUCAUCCUCAGUGCAAUCACACAGCACCUACAGGAUGGACAAGGGAUCAGACCCAGCCAGCACGGGUUUAGGAAGGGCAGGUCCUGUCUGACCAACCUGAUCUCCUUUUAUGAUCAAGCGACCUGCCUGGUGGACGAGGGGAAGGCUGUUGAUGUGGUCUAUCUGAACUUCAGCAAAGCCUUUGACACCAUCUCCCACAGCAUUCUCCUGGAAAAGCUGCAGCCCACAACUUGGACAGGGGCACACUGUGCUGGGUCAGGAACUGGCUGGAGGGCUGGGCCCAGAGAGUGGUGGGGAUGGAGCUGCAUCCAGUUGGGAUUUGGUCACCAGUGGUGUCCCCAGGGAUCAGUGUUGGGCCCAGUUCUGUUUAAUAUCUUUAUCGAUUAUUUAGAUGAGGGGAUUGAGUCCAUCAUCAGCAAAUUUGCAGAUGACACCAAGCUGGGGGGGAGUGUCAAUCAGCUGGAAGGCAGGAGGGCUGUGCAGAAGGACCUGGACAGACUGGAAAGUUGGGCUGAUUCCAACGGGAUGAGGUUCAACCAGGCCAAGUGCCGGGUCCUGCCCUUUGGCCACAAGAAGCCCCGGCAGUGCUACAGGCUGCGGACAGAUUGACUGGAGAGCAGCCAGGCAGAAAGGGACCUGAGAGCUGGGAUUGACAGGAAGUUGAACAGGAGCCAGAGUGUGCCCAGGUGGCCAAGAAGGCCAAUGGCAUCCUGGCCUGGAUCGGGAACAGUGUGGCAGCAGGAGCAGGGAAGUGAUUCUUCCCCUGGACUCAGCACUGGUGAGGCCACCCCUGGAGUGCUGUGUCCAGUUCUGGGCCCCUCAGUUCAGGAAGGACAUGGAGGGGCUGGAGCAGGUCCAGAGAAGGGCAACGAGGCUGGUGAAGGGACUGGAGCACAAGUGCUGUGAGGAGAGGCUGAGGGAGCUGGGGUUGUUCAGCCUGGAGAAGAGGAGGCUCAGGGGAGGCCUUAUUGCUCUCUACAACUCCCUGACAGGAAGCUGUAGCCAGGUGGGGGUUGGUCUCUUGUCCCAGGCAACUCUCAGCAAGACAAGAGGGCAUGGUCUUAAGCUGUGCCAGGGGAGGUUUAGGUUAGAUAUUAGGAAGAAAUUCUUUACAGAGAGGGUAAUCAGGCAUUGGAAUGGGCUGCCCAGGGAAGUGGCGGAUUCUCUGUGCCUGGAGAUUUUUAAAAAGAGACUGGAUGUGGCAUCAGUGCCAUGGUCUAGUAACCACGGUGGUAGUGGAUCAAGGGUUGGACUUGAUGAUCUCUGAGGUCCCUUCCAACCCAGCUGAUUCUAUGAUUCUAUGAUUCUGUGAUUCUACUGUCUUGCCGCUGACCUUUCAGCACUUCAAGGUUGCUGGUUUUUCGGGCUGCCCCACAAAUGCAUCCUUGCAUAGGUUUGUGCAGCCUUCCUUUUCAGGCAUUGAAGUCAGUUUGGAGUUUCUGCAAUGCUGUGCUGUAGGUGGCAUGUAUCUGCCUGUUGCAUGGGGAGGCCUUAAUGGAAAUGUUUGGGUUUGCUGGAGCACAGAGAUGGUGGCACCUGCAGUGGGUGACGUUAGUAUUAAGACUGAUUAACAGCAAUGCCAUUUGUAAAGCACAUUUGUCAUACAAAUAUUAUGCUGAUGCUUCCAAAUGUAUUUUAAACUCCAAGCUUGGUAUUAAAAUUCCCAGGUAGGAAAUGCUACUAAUCGGAGAUGAAUCAUUCUUCAUCUCUCAUGAAAAGCUUGUGGGUGUCAGACUCUGCUGUGGGCUAGCAUAUGACACUCUUUAAGACAUGCCAUGCAAAGUGAGUGUGGGGACUUUUAGGACUGACACUUGAAGAAAAAUGUUACUGGGAGAUCAUGAUUGCUUUAGCCAAGCAAAGCAUCCAACAGAAGUGUAUCAGGUUUAAUUUUUCUAAAGCAUGAUGUUUUGUCCUGCCAGCACUGGGAGGGAAACAAGGCAGUGGAGCACAGGGAAGUGUGUGGCAGAGGAGGUCACUCAGCCUCCAGCAUAGAUCCCUGAGUUUUCCUGGUGUUUCCCAGCUGUUUCCCAGUUGUUCUCCAGGUGCUCUUGAUGCUCUCAGCAGUGUGCAGACCCUGAGAGAGGCAGGCUCUGCUCAGAGCUGGCACUGCCAUAUGCAAGGCAGUUGCAGGAUUUGCUGUCCCCCCCCGGCAUGAGCUCCCAACACAUUCCCCCACCGGCUGACCUGUACAGGCACCUGAUAUCUCACAGUGUGUCCAUGGGAUGAGGGUUUAAUAGUCUGACAUCCCAUGAAGGCUGGGAAGCUGUUUGGGACACACAUGUGCUUAAUCAGAGCCUGGCUCUGAGAGCAGCUGUUUCCUGUCUUUUCUCAGCUCUGUUGUACAAAGCUUGAAUUUUCUUCUGUUACAAAGGGGGGCCCCUCCUUGGUGUGAGGUGAUGUUGCUGUCACUGCCCUGCUGCAGAAGGGCCAGGGCUUCAGGCCAUGCUGACCCACAGCAGCUGUGGGGUCAGCCCAGGCUCCUCUGUUCCGAGGGCUUCUGGGUCUGACUUGGCAGUGUCCCACACGUCCGUGCUGUGGCAGUGGAGGUCCCUGUUAGUGACAGGCAUGGAAAGGCCAGGGGAAAGGCAGGGAUAGCUGGAGUGCCAAGUGAUGCAAAGGAAUCAGUUUGUUCCUUUUUAGUCGUGCACAUAUGAAUGUAUUGCAGUUUUGGUUAUUGUUGUGAAGACAAAAGCAUUCUCAUUCUUUUUCUUCCUCUUUGACUCAAACAGAUCUCCCCUCCCUGCCCAGACUCCUAGCUCAGGCCCAGUAUCGCAGGGGAUGCAUUUGUCCAAGUCCCACCAUCCCAGCAAGGGUGGGUUGCACAACCCCUCCCAAACCCCAAGUAAUCAAAAAAUCAUCUGAUGCUUAGCCUCCCCGUGUGGGGAAAGCCCUCAAGAAUCACCAGGUGUUUUGAUGCAACUGUGAUGUCAGGCACUGUGGCCCAUAUGGGUUAGUCCCAUCCUUACGGUUUUCCUCAUCCAUGUACCCCACACAGUGUUCGAGAGCACGGGGCAUGCAAACUCUACUUUAGAGGUCAGUGACUUGAGUAACACAGUGACUUCAUCGGCACAGUCAGCACUCACUGAGGGCAAACACUCCUGUCUUAGCACUGGAAAAUUGGUAUUUACUGAUAAUGGCAAGGGCUGAGCAUUGCUGCUAUCUCCCAAGAGAAGGUGUCCCCCAGCAGUGAUGGACAAGAAGUCAUUUUCUGAUGAGGAUUUCUUCUCUCUCUGUUACUGUGACUGUUGUAGACAUCUCUGAUAAGCAGCUUAAGGCAUCUCACUUACCUGUUCCAGUCCUGCCAGCAAACGUAGGAUUGGAUUAAACUUUUAUUACCUGCAGGAGAGUAAAACCCAGUAAUCCUUUGCCAAAUAGCAUUUACAUGUUAUAGUGUGUGCUGGGGUGUGUUUACACUGGCUGAAAUUUGCAGACCUGCCUCCAGAUUUCCAUGCCUUCUCCCCAUCUAUCUGCCUGCCUGUGUGUAUCCUGUCAUGGGCCAUAUGUCAAGGGCCAGCAAUAUCCCUCAGGCAUCCUGGCGGCACUAAGCCAGUACAGAAACACUCUGUGCACAUGCUUAGCAAGGGCUGCAGGACCUUCUCAGGGCACCUGGGAGGGAAAUGCUCAACUGUGAAGAUAAUCUUGAGUUACUCUGCUGCUCUUGUCCUCCUUUAUUUAAUCCUCAUGAAGCACAGCUGGGUGAACUACCAACUCCAGUUAGCACAGGUGAAGGAAAGGACAGGAUUCUGCAGCGGGGUAUGUGGGCAGAAGGCUGAUCAGCAAAUCUGGUGAGCACAGAGCAAUGCACAGCCCCUUUUCUGUGCAGGGGGAAAUGGAUGAAGUAUGCAUCAAUAUACAUGCAUUUUAGGGUAUUAAUUUUAGGGUUCUAUACCUCUUUGGAACAUGCCUAAGCCAAAACAGUCUCUUGGUCUCUCUAGACAGCACCAGCCAUUUUUCUUCAUGUUCAGAGCUUGGGACUGAAUGUUCCCUUGUAAUUAGUUGCAGAUUGCAUGGAAUAGCUUCUCCCUGCUCCAUAAUUCUCUUGCAGUGAUGACCUGUGCUGCUGCCUACCCCCAGGUUUGGGGAAGGCCCAGCCACGAGGGUAACACAAACCCCAGGCAUCUUCUCCCAGCUGAGAGCACCUAAGUUUUGCAGCCAAGGUGCAGGGAGCGGCAGAGGGACGAUAGCCACACACUGCCUGCCCUGCCUGCAGAGCUCCAGAGUGGCCAUGGCCAGCCCAGCUCGGCACCAUACCAGCUGUACAGAGCAAGGGAGGUUGCUAAACAGCUACGUAAUGUCCUGGGCUCCCUUGAGGUUUUUUUUUCAUCAGUUUUUAGCGUUCUGCAGAAUUCUGUAAAUGAAGCGUCGGUGGAUUUUGGAGCAGAGACGGACAGAGAUGCCCAACAGGCAUCUGGCAGGAUUGAAAUUUUUGAAAUAUGUUUGAGAGCGCAGCAGGAACACGUUGCUCUCCUCUGUCCAGCUCUGUCCUCUGCCCAUACCAUAGGAGAGCUGACUGGCUGCUGUGUCCCUCUCUAGGCAGACCCAGCUGUUUUACUGGUGUCCUCCCAACCCUAAAAGAUUAUGCCAAAAAUAGGGCUAAUUUCAUCCUUCACUUUGGGGGGUGGUUUCGUUUUCCUUCCCUGUGGGGCUGUGGCAGAAGCAGUGUCUCUUGCACAGCACCUUUGGGAAAAUGCCAUCAGAGGCUGCUGUUGUUUGGGGUCCCCGUGCUCUGUCUGGCUUUCUGCUGUUAUCUGCUCAGUGUCCUGAGGAUUUGAAACCAGCUUUCUGCAGUUACAGUAAUAAGCUUUUUCUUUAUUCCUACCAGCUCUUUUGUAACUUGAAAAACAUAAUUUUCUAGGUACUCGAUUCCCUGGCCCUUGUGGGAAUGCUGCUCAAAGCACCUGACUUGCCAAGAUGACUGCUGUGAGCAUAUACUGCUCCUUUGGGCCCCAAAAGAGGAGUCCAGCCCUGUUUGCCUGCUGAAAUGCUGAAGCAGCCCCCAGACUCAGGCUGGCAGGAUGCUGCUCUGGGGACAGGUCACAUGGGACAGACAGCCAAAGUAAACAGAACCCUCUUGCCCUCCUUGUCCUUGCUGCCUGCACAGUCAUUCCCAUCAGCUGGAAGGGGAUGUGAAGUGAAUUUCCCUUCUGCUGAAGAAAACCAACAGUCUUUUCCAUGGGUUUGUGGUUGUUGGGAAGAGCAAAAGAGCAUUUGCCAAGUGGGACACUGAAGGAAGGGGCCAGGAGGUUAUAUGUGUAGGGCAAAGAAGAAAAAACCCACGGCCUUUGUUGUAGCUGUUUCUUGCAAUUAUUUCUAAUACCAGCCUUGGGAUGGGAUUCAAUUUUUGAGGUCACUGAAAUUACCUGAAGAGCUAGUGUUGCUUUUAAAACUGUGGGAGCUGCAGACCUGUCUCCAGGCAGGACCAACCUGCACAGGGUGUGGGACCCUGCCGUGGUUCAGCCCUGGGACACAGGGUGUUUGGGGCUCUCCCAUCCAGCUGUGCUGUUCCCCUGCAGUACAUGUAGGCAGGCUAUUGAACCAAGCCUGAUCUUGCAGAAGUCCCUGAGUUCUAACAUCUCCUUCCUGGCAACAAACCUCUGUGUUUUCCCUGGCAGUGUGUGUUUGUAUGUUGGUGCAGCAUGGGGGCUGGGGGGUUCAGGGUACCAAGAGGAUGCCACUGCAGGAGGAGCACCGUUUCUCCUUCAACCAUUAGGAGCAGAUGCUGUCUGCGCCAGUUCAAUGACCCUGGCCUUUUUUUUAGUUGUAUCAUAGAAUUAAAAAUGAAUCGUGCCCUCAUUCUCCUUCAGGCCCUGCCCACCAGGCUUCCCCUACGUGCCCCGUGUCUCAGUGCUUUCUCCCUCCAGGUUUUUGAUUUGCUCUGCAAUUGUGAACUGCUCCAACAUUAGUGUGGUGGAACAGAGGAGCAGAUCGGUGUCCCAGGGCAGUCUUUUUAGGUGCUUCUGGUUGUGCUGGAUCCGGGACUGCUCUCACUUCUCACCCCAAAUCCUUCUGCUACUGCUGCUAAAAAUAAUCCUGCCAGUCCAAAGGUUAUUGAUCGUAGGGGUAUGAGAAUUGCACCUGAGUGUUGUUAGUCCCCGGGUCAGUACCUGGAAAUACAGAGGGUAGGGACACUCACCUGCCUCUUUCCAGCCCAGGACUGUGCUCAGUGUCACAGCCAGCAAUGUCCUGUACCCUGUCCCUGCUGCCUGUGGCUGGGUAUUCUGUCAUCCCUCCCCCAUGCAUGGGCUCCAGGCUUGGCACUGGGGCUUGUGAGACAUGAAGUUGAGGAGCAGGACAUUCAUUUUAGCACUGUGGCAGUCAUGGUUUCUGCCAGUGCAUCCUCCUCCUCCGUGCUGUGUCUGCAGCAGCUGAGGACGGCCAUGACAGAGAGGGAACACACUCAUCCUGGUGACCAGAGCAGUAGGAUGACCAUGGCUCUUGGGACAGGCAGAGGAGGAGGCUUCCAGGCAGUAGGAUCCAGUUUUGGAUGCUCUGUUUCAGCCUCUGGAAGAGCCUGUCUCACUCCCUCCCAACAAAGUCCAUUCUCCCCUUGUUUUAACUAAAAUUAGAGGGGGAUGAUGACCUCAAUUUGGUUAACAUGUUCACCUGCUCCCACCAUGCCAGCAGGUCCUAGUGCUGCUGGGAUUUGGGUCACAGUGCCCAGGGAACAUGCUCUGGACCUGCAGCCCCUCCUUGCAACGACUCGGGCUGCAGCUCCACAGUGCGGCACUGGCUCACACUGGUGACGACCAUGAGGCAGCCAGGGAGGGUUAGUCCAGGGGGAACAUUGCACAGAGGGAGCCUCAUCCUCCUCAUUAGUGCUUAGGGCAAAUUCUUAGUUUGGUUCCUCUGGGCUAAGCUGCAGCAAGCCAUCAACCCUGAAGGGUUGAAGAGUGCAGAGUUAUGCCUCAACUCCACUGCACGGUGCACAUUCAGGCCAUAGUGCAGCACCACUUUAUUAGUGCCUCAAGUGGCUUGAACAAGACUGAGGAUUUCUCUCUGUCUCCCCUUUGUCUGGACUCAAGAAGGAGCCCAGAUUCCCUGCAGAUGCCCAGGAUGGCCACAGCAUGAACCCAAAUUCCUAGAAAUGCCAAGAGAGCAGAGAGGCUCCUGUGCAGAAGCUGCUUGGAACAGCUGUGCUGGACAGCCUGGGGAGGAAACACAAAUUUUUAUGACUUUAUUUAAUAAGUUAUUUAUAUAGUAUUUGCUUGGUAACUGAAAUACCACUUUUGUCCUCAGACACCCACCAAACCGGCUGAAGUGGGGCUGGGAACCCCAGCCUCCUGCAGCCUCUCGUCCCUGCUCACCUCAGGAACCCCAUGGAGGUUUCCACUAGGGGAAGGGGGGAGAGUGUGCAAAAAAAAGUGUAUUUAUUUUCCUUUAAUUACCAGACUAAUGCAAACUGACAGGGCAGGGGGGCAUCCUCCUAGUGCAGGGACCUGGGCUACACCCCCUGCUCUGGGCUGCAGCCGUGUGGGCAGUGCCUGUGGGCUCAGUGGGGCUGAGUACCGUGUGGGCAGCAGCUCCUGUGAGCUUGAGGUCACAAGGCACGGGGGAGCCUGAAUGCAUCAGUCUCUUUUGUGACCUCUGCACGAGGGGGAUGUUACACCAUGGGGCAGAGGGAGUGGUGGCGGCAGCUGGAGAUCAUGUGCUGGGCAUGGCGUGGAGCUGAGAAGUGGCUGCUUUGCUUUCCCAGUGAGUGCACACGCUGCUUUUUUUUGCUGGUCUUAUGCUGAAAAGCUGAGAUUUAUGUACUGUAUGAAAAAAAACAAAAACAACAAAACAGAAAAAAAGAAAAAAUCCUAAUGUUCCAAAAUAAAUGACAGUAUAUUUUGUACUUUGUAAAGUAAUUAAAAUGAAAAAAGAAUAAAAAGUGAAACUUAUGCUGUCUGCUUUUGUACUGAUCAAACUGAUGAAAAUAAAGCAGAGCUUGGCAUUGUCUAUAA